CUCCUCCUCCUCCUCCGGAGCCUGGCUGGGCGAUGAAAGAAGACCUCCCCCCCGGCGAGGCUAUGGCACCGUCGGGGCUCCUGCGAGCGGCGUCGCUCGGGUUCCUGGGCGCCUUCUGGCUCUGGCUGGGGAUGGGCGCAGGAUGGGUGGAUGGUGCUCCCAGGCCUCUUCGUGAUGUCUAUAAUCAAGGCUUAAAUGUUCUCUUCCUGAUUGCGGAUGACUUGCGCCCCGCCUUGGGGUCUUACGGGGACUCCCUGGUGAGAUCACCCAACAUUGAUCAGCUGGCUUCCAGGAGUGUGGUGUUCCAGAAUGCCUUUGCCCAGCAAGCUGUCUGUGCCCCAAGCAGGGUCUCCUUCCUCACAGGCCGCAGACCUGAUUCUACCAGGCUCUAUGACUUUAACUCGUAUUGGCGAAGCCACGCGGGAAACUACACCACCUUGCCGCAGUACUUCAAGGAGAACGGCUACGUCACCCUGUCCGUGGGGAAGGUUUUCCACCCAGGGAUCUCCUCGAACCACAGUGACGAUUUCCCCUUCAGCUGGUCCGCUCCGGCUUUCCAUCCGUCUUCCGAAAAAUACGAAAACACGAAGGUUUGCAAAGGCAAAGACGGAAAGCUUCACGCCAACUUGAUCUGCCCGGUGGAGGUGGCUGAGAUGCCCGAGGGAACUUUGCCAGAUAUCCAGAGCACCGAGGAGGCCGUCCGUUUGCUGAAGGCCAUGAAACGAAUCAAGAGGAAGUUUUUCCUGGCUGUCGGCUAUCACAAGCCCCACAUCCCAUUCAGAUUCCCUCGGGAAUUUCUCAAAUUGUACCCUUUGGAAAAUGUCACCUUGGCUCCCGACCCGGCACUCCCUAAAAAGCUUCCUCCCGUUGCCUACAAUCCCUGGAUGGACCUGCGGCGGAGAGACGACGUGGCAGCCUUGAACCUCAGUUUCCCUUACGGGCCCAUCCCAGAACACUUCCAGCGUAAGAUUCGCCAGAGUUAUUUUGCCUCUGUUUCCUACGUGGAUACGCUGGUGGGGAAGUUGCUGGCUGCCCUGGAUGAGGCAGGCUUCUCGCACAACACGGUGGUGGUUUUCACCGCAGACCACGGCUGGUCCCUGGGUGAACACGGCGAGUGGGCGAAAUACAGCAACUUCGACGUAGCCACGCGAGUGCCAUUGAUGUUCUACGUGCCGGGAGUGACCACUCUGAUCUCUGACCGGGGACAGAAAGUUUUCCCAUUCCUUGAUCCCUUUGUUCAAGAUUCCUGCUCUGCGCUUCCAGGAAAACCCAAAGAAAUGGUUGAGUUGGUGUCUCUCUUCCCGACCCUUGCAGAGCUGGCUGGACUGACCGUCCCCCCUGCGUGUCCCCAUCCCUCCUUCCACGUCCCUCUUUGCAGUGAAGGGAAGAGCUUGGUUCAGUACUUCCCAUCCUCCGGCGGAGGGCGGGAAGACCAUGGCUCCAAGCGAAAAGGAACCCCGGUUGCCUUCAGCCAGUAUCCGCGUCCGGGAGACACCCCUGCACCGAAUUCUGAUUUGCCGUUACUUCAAGAUAUAAGAGUCAUGGGUUACUCCAUCCGUACGGCCGGUUACAGGUGCACCGUCUGGUUUGGGUUUAAUCCCGACAACUUCACCAUCGACGUGAAGGACAUCCAUGGGGGAGAGCUGUAUUUUGAGGAGAGCGACCCCCAUGAAGAUCAUAACAGGUACCACGAAACCCUGCAGGGAUCCCCCAUUCCAAAGCUUUGCCGCCUAGUUGAUCCGUUGGGAUCCACUUCAAUUCAGUGAACCUCUGCCAAGCAAUUGACCUCCCAUGGGGGUCGUAUAGACGUCAUGCUUUGUGUUGUACACAAAGACGGCUCCAUUUUUGUAUCAAAAGGUUUUAAAUGCUGAUAUAGGAAUAAAUUUGAAUUUAUGAAUAAUUAAA